UGUAUUGAUUCAAUUUCAGGCAAUAUGGCUGUCGGAAAAAAUAAAGGAUUGAAAAUUGGUGGAAAGAAAGGAGCCAAGAAGAAGAUUAUUGAUCCCUUCACCAGGAAGGACUGGUAUGAUAUCAAGGCUCCCUCCGUCUUCAAGGUUCGUCAGGUCGGCAAGACCCUUGUCAACAGGACCCAGGGAACCAAGAUUGCUAGUGAUGGGCUCAAGGGACGCGUCUAUGAGGUUUCCCUCGCUGAUCUCCAGUCUGAGAAUGACGCUGAGAGGUCCUUCAGGAAGUUCAAGCUCAUCUGCGAGGAUGUCCAGGGAAAGAACUGCAUGACCAACUUCCACGGCAUGUCCCUGACCACCGACAAACUGAGGUCCAUGGUAAAGAAGUGGCAGACUCUCAUUGAGGGAAACGUUGAUGCCAAGACUACUGAUGGAUAUACCCUCCGUGUAUUCUGUAUUGGAUUCACCAAGAAGCAGGAACUCUCCCAGAAGAAGACUUGCUACGCUCAGUCUCAGCAGAUUCGUAACAUCCGUAAGAAGAUGCUGGACAUCAUCACCAAGGAGGUGAGCUCUGAUGAUCUGAAGGGAGUUGUGAACAAGCUUAUCCCUGACUCCAUCGCUAGCGACAUCAUGAAGGCCUGCCAGAGGAUUUACCCCCUUCACGACGUGUACAUCAGGAAGGUGAAGGUUAUGAAGCGCCCUAGAUUCGACCUCGCCAAGCUUAUGGAGAUGCACGGAGAGGGAAGCGGAAAGGGAGCCGUGACCACCGAUCCCACAACAGGAGAGGCUGUUGACAGACCCGAGGGAUAUGAACCUCCAGUUAUGGAGGCCGUCUAAUCUUAAUCCUCGACAACCGGCUGUAUCAUUAUACAAAUAAAUCUUAAGCCCUCUAAAA